UAUCCCUAAAAGGGAUCGUAAUUCAUAGUUUGCGCAUCACUGAAGCAAAGGGAUAUCUUCUAUUCUACAAUUUAGUCAAAAUGGUGGGGUAAAAUUAAAAAUAGUAGUGGGAGUAGAAUUGCGUAUAAGCGACGAGCAAAAGCAAAGAUUACAAGCAGUUCAGUCUACUUUUAUUGCCGAAGAAGUUCACAACUGCUAGUAGCAUGCUUUCGAACAAGAUUAUCACGUGUCUUCUUGUCUUAUUUCUAUUUAAUCAUAGUUACGGAAUACGACGUUCUAAAUGUCAAAAUAAAAUAGAAGAUCCAAACUACUUCGACGUUUUAAUUUUCACUCAACACUGGCCGCAAACGGUGUGUUACUUAUGGAAGGAAAAGUCGGAGUCGCAUGCCUGCGCAUUGCCCAAGGACGACGAAUGGUCGAUUCAUGGUAUAUGGCCAACGAAGUAUCAUAGCGACGGUCCAAAUUUCUGUAACAAUUCUUUGCCAUUUAACGCGAAUACUUUGAUGCCAAUAAAAAAUGAAUUGGAAACAAAAUGGAUCGAUGUACAAAAUGAAAAGGAUACGUAUUCCCUUUGGCGCCACGAAUGGAACAAACACGGUACUUGUGCUAUUGUACUUCCAGCUUUGAACAGUGAACUUAAAUAUUUUCAAAAGGGACUUGAACUAUUGGACAUUUAUGAUAUGAAACAUGUACUUGGGAAAAUAAAUAUCGUACCUGGUCGAAGUUAUGCGAUAGAAGAUAUAUCGAAUGGUAUUAAGAAAAUUAUAGGUAAAACAGCAGAAAUAGUGUGUGCCCAUAACGAGGAAAAAGAGGAAGAAUAUAUUUAUGAAAUUCGAAUAUGCUUCGAUAAGACAUUAAAAUUGGUCGAUUGCGAUGGCAUUAAUGGAUUCCCUGCUAGUACUUGUAGGGAUUCUACGCAAGUAAUAUAUCCUGGUAUUGUACCAUCAUAUUAUAAUGUGAUACAAAUAUAGAAUUAAUUUUUGCUAAGUAUAUAGCAAUUUUUAAAAACGAAAAUCUUGGAAAAUUGUUAAUGGAACUGUUAUAAUACAAAAAUGGAAAUUCAGCCUAAGCUGUAACUUAAAAACUAUUAUUUAAAAUUUUUUUUAAUAUGCAUAUAUAUAUAUAUAUACCAUAUAUACGAU